GGAGCUUCGGUGUCUCAGCAAGGAAAGAGAGGCCAGCCUCCAGCACAGCCUCCCUGGCUCCCCGCAGACCCAGAGAUGCUUUCAGGAAAUGCCAUCCUUUUUCUAACCCUGGUCUGGGGGACCCGGGAAGGGCAGACUAUCCUCCAGAUCGCAAAAUGUGGCUUUGCCUGUUCAGAGGGGGUGUCUUGCAAGAACAAAGUGAACAGGAACAUUUUUAACAGUUUCUGCCGGCAACCACCCUCCUCCGUGGCGCCACCCACCCUAGAGUCCCUGAUGCUGUCCACAGUCAUGAAGUGUGUCCACAGAGAGUCUUGUGCUCUGCAUCUGAGCGUCAGUGCCAGCCUCGUCAUGGAAGGAAGCCUUCGAGGCUUGGAGAUCUGCCUACUGUCCCUGGACACACAAGAGACAAGAUGUCACAGUAUCAGGAUUCCCAAGGUCUCCAGCCAGAAGAUGGUGGGCAAAACGCUCCAGGUACACUUUGACUGCUUCGAGGUGAGUGUUGCUCAGCACCUUUAUGUCACCGUGAAGACCAUCCCCUAUUACUGUAAGGUCCAGAUCAGCCGUGAAUACCACGUAGAAGAUUGUACAGAUGUUGACGUGGCAAGAAACAUCCCAGCCUGCUUUGCUGGGAGGCUCCAGUACAAUGUUGACCAUGUCCAGAAGGCCAUCGAGGUGCACUUUGCAGACAUCCCCCAAGGACAGUCCUACUAUGUCCGGCUGUGUCUCAAAUGGUUUGCCUGUGAAGAUUACAGUCCACCAGUACUGGUGAAUGCAGAGCAGCCUGGGAAGCCAGUGUCCCUGAAGUAUUCACAGCUGCUGCCAUGCCUGUGUAUUGAGGGCUGGGCUGCUGUCCCCGAUGCGGUGAGAAUCCAGAUCUGUCCCUUUGAAAAUGACACCAGAAUCCUGUGGGAUUACAUCUUCUACAACCCCUUCACCCAGUCCCUGAGCUGGGAACCCCCCUGCCCUGUCCAGGGCCAAGUCCACCUGUGUGGGAUGUCAGAGAUGGGUCAUCAGUGCCGGGAGCUGAGCCACACAGGCCGCACAGUCCCAGGCAAUGUACAUUACUUGCAGGUGGAUCCACAGCCAUGGCUUUGUAUGAAGUUCACAACCCUGCAAGGCUCUUGGGUGAAAUGUCCCUUUGCUGAUAGAAAAUUUCCAGGCUGGAAGAUGAAGAUUCAUCAGUUGCCAGACAAGCUCCGGGCCUCCUUCAUCUCAAAGAGCCCAGCCAGGUUCCAGGUGCGUCUGUGUAACCGAACCGACUCUUCCCACUGCCAUGUGCUCAAGACCAUCUCUGUGGCUCCACAGGGAGAUGCAGAUGCCAUGGGCCACAUUGACGUUCCCGAGCCGGAGGUCUGCUCCUCAGAUGUCUGCAUCCAGGGCUGGAGGACAGAUGUGGAUUAUUCAAUUCCUGUACAGAUGUGUGACAUCAGAUGCAACAGUUCCUCUAAGAAGAAACAUCGAGGGCUCCCUAACUCUCCUCUCAGCAUCCACAAGUGGGAAGGAAGAGUUCUCGCUUCUCUGUAAGGAUGGAGGCUAGUGUCCACCUCCUUUGCCAGUGCUCAUGUCUCUUCUGGGCAGCCCCAGAGCAUCCUUUGCCUUCUCCCAAGAACUCCUGCUGCUGGAUGGUUCCCAAGGAUGCCAGCUGCAGGCUGGGCCCCCUCACCACCAGAGCAGUGGCCCAUGGACUUCCAGGUGGUCUCGGGGACUUGCUGUUGUCCUGAUUUCAUUGAGGGGCUGAGCAGACUCUCCAAAUGCCCUGUUUCUUCCUCACCUGUUCCCCUUCCUGCCCACCUCCCCUCACCUCCUGUGUCCCUCAGCUCUGACGCUGAGGACCAAGUCCUCCUUUGUCACUAGAACCCGGGGCAGGAGCUCUUGAACAUGAUUGCCACUCCACCCCAAGACUGUAACCCGGAGCUUGUGGCUCAGUGAGGGGUAGGGGGGCUGCCCACCUGGGCCCCAGAAGCCCACAGGGUCCCCUCUCUGGUCUGUUGCUCAGAUGCCCCCAGCCCCUUGGGAUGCACACCAGCACGAGUGCAGUCUGGGAGCUCUGCCAGGCCUUGGGCACUGCCUUCUGCCCUGCCCAGCUGUCUGAUCAUCCGGCAGAGGGAAGGGUCCUGGGAGGCAGGAACUGUGUCAUGUUUGACUUUGUAUCUUGUAUAUGGCACGUAGUAGGAAAUGAAUAAACACUUCUUAAAUCGAA